AAAUGGAGAUAAUACUAAAACAAUGAGUUUGUUGAUGACAAUCGUAACAAGAAUUCUAAUUACAUGUUUUGAAGAGAGAUUAUUACGUCCCCCCACACCAAAUAUAGAGUUAGGUCCACGUAACAUGAAAACAAAACAAAUGAAACGUCCAUGUUCUGUUCAAACGUGUCUUCACCUUUGUUUGUUAAGUUUCCACCACCAUUACCAUCCUCGUCUUCUUCUUCUUCUUCUCUUUCUCUGGAUAUUGUUUCCUCUCCCAUUUCCAUCAUCGCUCCAAUGCAAUGGGAGACCACCACCCACGCUCCCCACCAUUGGAUUUGCACCACCUCUUUAAGAUUCCAAAAACUAAAUCUUUGAAAGAUGUAAGCAAGGUUUACAAAUCGCUUGUAUCCAAAAGACAUCAUCAUGAUCACAAGAAAACCCACCACCACCACCUCGAGGACCCAACAACACCCUCAAGUGCUGAGCGUGAUGACAAUAGAAGAGUGGAUGAAGACAUUUGGAGUCCUAAAUUUUUGUCAAGGACUGCAAGUAGAAGAUCUAAGACCCCAAAUCCAAGACCAAGGCCUCUGUCAAGAAAUGAAAGCAGGCGAUGCAAGACACCUACCCCUAUAUCAAGAAGUUCGAGCCGAAAGAGCGCCACAGAGAUUGCUGCAUCCUCCCUCAAGAGGAUCAUGAGCAGAAGGGGUUCCUCAGCUUCGUUAUCAAGGAGCAUGAGCAAAAUGGAUAUCUCUGAGCCUGAGAUUUGCAACCGUGAAUCUUCUUCGCCAACAAUAGAUGUCGGGAGAAGAAGCUCCAGAGAAGCAGAACACAUCCCUGCAGUGUCUCUGUCAAGCAAUCUCAGCAGAAGGGCCACAACACCAAUCAUAUUUUCACAGACAACAGUUAGAAGGAAACCCCCGGUUGUUGAGAAAAAUCUCCAAUGCACACUUGAGCAAUUAUGCUUUGGAUGCACCAAGAAGAUUAAAGUUACUAGAGAUGUUAUCAGAAAUCCUCCCGGGGUGAUUAUCCAAGAGGAGGAGAUUUUAAAGAUUGAAGUGAAGCCAGGAUGGAGAAAAGGAACAAAGAUUACAUUUGAGGGAGUAGGAGAUGAGAAACCUGGAUACCUCCCUGCUGAUAUAGUAUUUUUGAUUGAUGAAAAGAAACACCCUUUGUUCAGGAGAGAUGGAAACAAUUUGGAAAUUUGUGCGGAGAUUCCUCUAGUAGAUGCACUUACAGGCUGCUCCAUACCAAUUCCUUUACUAGGAGGGGAAAACAUGACUCUGUCAUUUGAGAAUACUGUUAUAUAUCCUGAAUUUGUGAAAGUUAUUCAAGGUCAAGGAAUGCCAAACCCCAAAAAUGAAGGGAAAAGAGGUGACCUUCAUGUAAAGUUCCUCAUUGACUUCCCCAGAGAGUUAAGUGAUGAACAACGGAAAGAAGCUGUUAGCAUUCUACAAGAUUGUUGCUAAUAAUAACCAUAGUUGUAUGCAGACAUGCACUGAUUUGCUACAAACAUGAUAGAGGACUCAUAAUACUUUACUGUCAGUUUAACAAAGUUACUGGUACCAUGUUCUGAUAACUUCUUGAACUCCUAUCCAAUGGCAUCAAUAAUGGGCUACCAACUCACUGACGCACAUCAACAAUGAUACAUUUUGGCCCAAAGAAUGAAAGAUGUAGAGCCUGGAUCAAGAUACUCUCCAUGGUAUUGUUAAAUUUUUGUGCCGAUAUCUCUCUUCAUACUGUAAAAUAAGUGGAAUGCU